AUGCCGCCAUGCCCGAAGAGCAGGCCAGCAGAAUUGGUGGAUCUGCCGGCAGAGUUCCAGGUUGCCAUGUCUGGAGAUAUUGCAUGGGCAUCUGCCGGAGAUAAUGGCAGCCCUGAUGAAAUGACGGCAGAUAAUCAGGGCGCUGGUUCGUCGGGCGAAGAGCACAGCCUGUUGCACCAGGCACUGGCCAACCUAAUGGACCGCGCGCUGCUACCGUUGUCGGUUGUAAGGUUUGGCAUGGAUCAGUGGGUGGCGCUGGACGAUUCGCCGUUGCUGGCACGUCUUGGAUCAGACGACAAGCGCGAUUCAGUGCUAGCAGCCGAGGAUAUGGAUUGCUUCAGCCUGCCACCCACACCACCGUACUCUAGCGACGCAAAUUUCUCUGUGGAGGCGGCCGAGUUUCUCAAUGAGAGUGCCAAGCACACGAAUGGGAGACAGGCUGUAGUCACAGGCCACCUCUGCAGGCGAUCACGACAGGCCAUUUCGACGAACGGCUUGCUAGUGCAGACGAGCAUGGAGGCAGUCGACAACAUCGGGAUCUCUUGGAUUCGCAAGGGCAUCGACUUGGAACCGUGCGAUUCACGAGAUCCUGAUGGGCUUUCGCUGAUCGCUCACGUCCGGCUUGCACCAUACGGAAUCCCGGCUCAGAUCGUUUCGGUUCCAGAGACACAUAUGGGCGACAAUGAGGACCAGGUAAUUAGGUCAUGGUCGCGGGCAUUUGGAUACCCAAAAUCUCUUUUGGCAGUCCGUGGUGCAGACUCGGCAUUGGUAUAUGUCACGCUAGCGACAGGUGAGCAGCCGACGCUCUAUCCACGGCGACUGGUUUUCCUGGACAACGACCGCAAAGCACAGGCUGUCAGCGAAUCGGAAAAUGUGAAUGGGCUAGACAAUACCGGGAUGGCCAGCACGAGGAGUCACGCUGACGAUGCAGUAGACAACCCGCCUGCCCCACCAAACCCCAUGGAGCUGAACGACGCACGCAGCGAGCCCGAGGAAGGUGAGGAGCGCGAGGACGGCGAAGACGAGGACGGCGAGAUUGCCGACCCAGUGGAGCCCGCAUAUGACGAGCGUGUAUCGGUCAUGGAUGCCGAAUUCGACGCGAUUAUCUCGCAGUUGCGCAAAGAAAACACGCAAUCUGUUGAGCAGUCACUGGCAACCAUCAAGGAUACAAUGGUCGGGUUCCAGGAAGAGCUGCGGGUCGAGGAGGAGGAGGAGCGCAAACGCAAGGAAAAGGAGCGGCUCGAGACCCUGGCUGCGCAGCGGGCGGCCAAUGCUGCAGCGCAGGCGGCCAAGCGCGCCAACUCUGCGUCCAAGCACGAUGCUGCGGGCCCGUCAGGCGCCCGCAAGCGCCAGCGCAGCAAGAGCCGUGACGAGGGGUCCAAGAAGAGCCGCAAGAAGAAUGAGCCGGCGGUCGCUCUGCCAGCCAAAACUACCAGUUCGGUGAAUCCGCCGGCUCCAGUAGCCGCCCCUGCACCGCCAGUGGACCAGGUGCCAAAGCCCGAGGUUGUGGCCAAUGGCGCCGUAGGCGAUAUCAACACUGCUGACGGCGGCAGCAGCAGCGCUGAUGGUCUUUUUGGAAGCCUUGGCGAUGACAUGGGACUCGACCUCGACAUGGGCAUGGGCAUGAGCGGUAUGGGUGAGAUUGGUGGCAUGGGCGGCAUGGGCAUAGAUAUGGACAUGGGCAUGGACAGCAUGUCGAACGGUAUGUUUGGUGUCACUGACGACGACUUUAGCUUCUUUGACACGGUGCCCGCCAACCAACCGUCUGGCAUCGCGGCAUCCUCGCCGCCUGCUCCGCAGCUGCCUGCCCAACCAGCAGCAGGCGCAGUGAAGACAGAGUUUGCGCCCACCAACUCAUAUCAGUCCGGCAUAGACUUGGGGGCACUGAGUACCAGUGCGAGCAGCAGUGGCAUUGAUGGCGGAUCAUCGCUGGUGAGCGACAGUCUGGCCGGGCGAGAUCUGGUAGACACGGCAAUGGGCGACAGCAUAGACGAUCUGUUUGGUGGUGACGACGACGACGACGGCAUGUUCGACUCGUUCUUUGGAAGCAGCAGCACGGCCACUGCAGCAGCUACUGCUGUUACUGCCACCACAGAGGUGCCCCCAGUGACUGCUAGCGAGGCCACAGUGAAGCUUGAAGCCGACACCACCGCACUCGUUUCGCAGCCCACCGACACGCCUGAUCCACUGACCAUCUCCUUGGUCUCCCCGCACGAGGGACUCCUCGCCGACAACAUCUCAAUGACUGGCGCGUCUUCCGGCACGGCGCCCGAAUCCACCACGACUGCAGUGUCUGCAGCAGACCUCGCAUCCCCAGGGUCAUACAAGCUGACACCAGCCCCCAGCGCGGAUAUGCAGACGCCCGCACAGACGCCCCAUGUGCCGUUUCCCAGCAAGAGUGCCGAGUCAGCCGAUGAAACUGUAUUGUCGCGGGUCAGCAACAGCGCUGUGGUGCAGGGCUAUUCGACAAUGCAGGCAACUGCGGGCAUUCAGGCGCCUAGCCUGCAGGCGGCUCUACCGUCGAGCACUCAGGCAGCGGCACCCCUUGUACAGAAGCAAGGGACCACGCCUCUGCCAUACAGUUCGAUAGCGACGCCUUACGACGACAUUGGCAGGCACGCGCAGUCAUGGCUACAGGACCGGCCUACGCCGGCUCGGCUGGCUGGCGACAUCAACGACAUGCAUCCGCAGGAGCUGGACCCACACAACAUUAGGUUCACAUCGAUCAUGGAAAAGUCGCUGAACCCAGUGUCGUGGAUUAAGCGCAUAUCGGCACGGCGCAUACACCACACAGGCAGAGCCAAGGGGCAAGAGCCAGGCGUUCCGCCGAGAAGGCAUUCAUCAGGCUACUGGCAAGCACCAGAUUCUAGGCGCAUCGACACCACUUAG